AUGGAUGUGAUUGCACAGUGGCAUCCCGAAAGAAACCAAGCACGCGGUAGUGGCGUUGAGCCUGGCGACAGCGAGCCUUCUGCCGGACUGGUAACGCGUCCAUCUGAUGAUGCUCAGCCCGCGCCGUCCGAAGCGACCUCGGGCGAAUCCAGCGAGAGAAAUGUCCAGGUCGACUCGUCUCUCGGUUUGCCCGCACGUGGUACAUCGGACUUCGUCAGAUCUCGACCUGCCACGAAUGGCUGUGACGUUGUCGAGUUUCAAGACGACACCUUGAACUUGUCCGAUAUCGAUGAAGGUGACAACCCCGGAGGCUAUAGCGAUGCUAUGAAUGGCAGCCCAGACAAAGAUUCCACCGCGCCGUUCUACGCAGGGGAAACUAAUGUCUUGACCUUUGUUAUGGACGUUUGCCAAACCGAGCGGCCGUCUCACUACUUGGUUCCUCGAAUUGCCGUGCAGACCGUGUGUCAAGAAGACCUUACCUUGCUGCGAACAAAAGGGGCGUUCACGCUGCCUGAUCAGAGCGUGUGCGACGAGCUUAUUCGACACUAUUUUCGAUAUGUCCACCCUUUCUUGCCAAUCUUGGACGCCAAUCGCUUCCUGGUCCGCUACCAGGAGCAUGGAUUACAGCAGCUCAAUCUGUUGCUCUUGUGGAGCGUGUUUUUUGCGGCUUCAAAUUUUGUCAGUCCAGAGCUAGCUCGUAAGGCAGGCUUUCGCUCACGCAAGGCCAUGAAGCGGGACAUGUACCAGAAGGCCAAGGUCCGAACACUCUACCACGCAUUAUACGACGUCGACUAUGAGAAAGAUAAAAUCGUGUUGAUACAGUCUGUGAUCCUCCUGGCAUAUUGGUAUGUCGAUACCGAGGAUCGCACGGGCUCCUGGUACUGGAUCGGAGUUGCCAUCGGGCUUUGCCAUUCAGUUGGGUUGCACAGAAAUCCAGGACGUCUUCCUCCGUCGGCCUCCAAGUCGAAAUACCCGUAUCACAGCCUCUGGAGACUGAUCUGGUGGUCGUGCUACCUUCGGGAGACUUGGAUAUCCUUUGGUUUAGGUCGACCGAUGAGGAUCAAUUCGAAGGACACAGACCUUCCAAUGCCAACCCCCGAGGACAUUCUCCUCGUCAGUGGAGUUGACCGAGACAACAGAUUUCGAGAGUAUAUACCGGCUUCCAUGCACGUCCUCGGGCGAUGCUGGAUCGAGUAUCUCCACUUGAGCAUCGUCUUAUCACGCAUUCUCAAAAGCCACUACAGGCCUGGGAUGCUCUCGGCGACUACGAGUGAGAUUGAAACGAGCCAGCAAAGCUUGCUAGAGUACUUUGAGAUGAGAACAGAUACGACCGGCAUGGACAAGGACACCGAUGUACAGCUAUUCUCGCUCCAGCUCGAUUUGUUCGAAAGGAACGUCUUGAUUGCGUUGUAUCGGCCUUAUAUCUUGUCGCCACCGUCUGAUUUAUCACCCAGCGAGCACAAGGCUUGGAGAUCGACCAUCAUGCCGAGGGUAUUGGAAGCAGCAUCCAGUGUCAAUCUCAGUCUCAUCAAAUUGAGUCAAUUGGGCUACCUGAGUGUUUGCCAAUCAGCUUUGAUCCAAGCAAUCUCUCCAACCAUGCAAAUGCAUCUCUACGAGGCUUCCCAGGCGAACCCUUUGUCCCGCCAGGUGGGACUUCAGCAGCUGGACACCUGCAUGACCGUCCUACAAGAGCUGCGCAGGACUUAUUGGGCAGCCGAUUUCUCCAUAAGACUCUUUUCCGAAGCAAGAUCGAGAAUGAGGAAUCGAACUAAAAGACUAGGCAACGAGGAAAACUCUACAAAAGUACCGAACGGUUCACUGGGUUCGGCAAAUGGCCUCUUGGACGCCAGAUCGUCGAGCGGGCCCUAUCAAGAAUACCAGAUAUCCCCAUCCUCAGAUCAGCCAUCGGUCGAUUUCGGCUUUCCUGACCCCGACCAGGAUCUAUUUUCCAACUUGGAACUGGACUUUUUCAAGUUUACAACGUGCGAACCGACUCAUCAGUUCGACAUGGACUGGGAUCCCGAGGCGAACUCUUUGUUGGCUUCACAAGAUUUUCUUGACUUUGUGGGAAAGAACAACAAGGCGUACACACCGACAGAGACCGACAUGUCUCUCGAGAAUGCCGAGGAGGAUGGCUUAGCUAGAUAG